UGAAUAUACGAACGAUAGUGAAGAAGCUCACAGCAUUCUGUCAAGUUAAGUUAACCUUAUAGUGUCGUAAUAAUUUGAGUAAAUGUCGAUGUGAAUUAACAGUUAUCGGGAAAAAUGAGUUUGCCUAGUGUGAGUGAUUAUUCAUUGUUGGAAAAGAUUGGUUCGGGAAGUUAUGCGACUGUCUACAAAGCGUUCAAAAAGGAUGGAUGCCGAGAGGUAGUCGCAAUCAAGUGUGUAGACAAAUCAUCGCUAUCCAAAUCGGCUAUCGAUAAUAUCAUCACGGAGAUCAAUCUCUUGAAAAUUCUAAAACAUGAACAUAUCGUGGAAAUGAGAGAUUUCUUCUGGGAUGAAGGGCACAUAUACAUCGUGAUGGAAUACUGUGACGCUGGUGAUUUAUCCAGUUUUAUAAAGAAGAAAUGCAAGCUACCCGAACAAAUUUGUCGGAGAUUCCUGCAACAACUCGCGCUCGCUUUAAAGUAUCUGCGCAAUCACAAUAUCUGCCACAUGGACUUGAAACCGCAGAACUUGCUGCUAACGAGAAAGCCGCGAUUGAUAUUAAAAGUUGGAGAUUUCGGUUUCGCUCAAUACCUUUCGAAUUCGGAGCAAAGAUUUACGAUUCGAGGCUCGCCCCUUUACAUGGCACCAGAAAUUUUGUUGAAACACAAAUAUGACGCUCGCAUCGAUCUCUGGAGCGUCGGCGUGAUCAUGUACGAAUGCCUUUUCGGCAAAGCCCCGUACUCUAGCAAUAGCUUUGACGAACUAGCGGAAAAAAUCAAGGACAGUUGCCCUAUAGAGUUACCGAGAGGAUCGCACGUAUCGCGCGAGUGCAAGGAUUUAUUGAUGUCCUUGCUAAAGCACGACCCUGACGAAAGGAUAUCGUUCGAUGAAUUUUUUGUCCAUGAUUUUCUGGAUUUGGCUCAUGCACCAACAAAGGAAAAUUAUGACAAAGCGGCAGAGUUAGUACAAAAGGCAGUGAAAAUGGACGCGGAAAAAAAUCUAAAAAACGCAUUUCAUCUUUAUUGCGAAGCUCUUAGAUACUUCAUUCCUAUUCUCAUAAGCGAGACGGACUUAAGACGAAAAGAGAUUUUGAGGUCACACGUAGAUAAUUACAUUAAGAGAGCGGAAAUAUUGAAAGCAUCGUGUAUAGAUAUUAGUAACGAGAAAAACCAAUGUUUACAAUUAGGGUGUAAAGGAAAUACUUCAUCGAUCCAGACGAUACCAUCUUUAAAUGGAACAUCAUCAUUUGUAUAUUACGAACUACGUUUGUACCGAACUCUUAGCAAAACAACAACCAGUAUGGCGGAUGCGCUCGAAAUAGGAGAAGUUGGCGAACAAUAUCUUACGGAAGGAAAUUAUGCACUCGCGUUAGAAAAAUUUCAAUCGUGUCUAGGGAUAUUGGUACCCCUGUUGGGUAAAGAACCAGCAGGACGAAGGAGAGACUUAUUAUAUAAACAGGUGAUUAUCAAUUACUGUAUAAACAAUAAUCCCGAUCCAUUCAAAAUUUGAAUUUUCAAGAGAACGUUCAGACAUAGAUUCCCACUUAAGUAAAUCGGGACAGAGCGAUUAUAUGUAUACAAUAGAGUUUGUAUUAUGUACUUGCUAUCCAGCUUUAUCUAGGUAUAUAAUAUAUGUACCUGUUAAAAGAAAGAAAUUAUAAAAUGAAAGAGAAUCGUUUAUUCUGAUAGAUCACCCUCCAUCUUAUGUAUAAGUCUCAUACCAUGUUUAUUUACCUAUUUUGCUUCAUGUACGAAUAAACAAAAAAGAAAGUCUGAACUAAAUGAUUGCUUUCAUCCCUCCUACAACUCUCAACUUUCCCCGCUCCCCACCAUUUUUCCUUCCACCAUUUGCGAAAUUAAAAAUAAUUGAUGCGUUUUAUAGUCUGUGUCUCUCCUAAAGCGUAUAUUUUAUGUGCGAAAUAUUUUGUUUAUCGACGUAAAACUUAUCGUUUAUGGAAUAACAAUUUUUACUUUUCGAAAACCUAU